AUGUCGCCGGACAUUGACCCCGUCGCUGUGGGCGUCGGAAGCGUUGCAGCUGUUUUGAUCCUUCUAGCUGCUUUACCGGCUUGUAACAGCAUCAUCCAGAAGCUUGCCCAUGGACCAUACAUGAGCCUGCAAUCACUGCCUGAAGAUGAGGAUGGAGAGGCAACAGAAGAAUCAAUCUCGGCAUAUUCAACUACUACCCAGACUGCUGUUAUCUACGUGGCUUCUUUCGUCGGUUGGGUCGCGUCCAUCAUUAGGGCUGUCUUGUCAACAACGCAGAACUCAAUGUGCUAUGGAGCAAUUGAAAGCUGGUUUCAGUUCGGGACUUUUGUAUUGCUUCUACCGCAUGCAAUGGCACUUUCGUUCAAGCAGGAAUAUGCGAGUCAAUUCCGACUAGCUAGCUAUGCAUCCAUUGCUUCGGUAGUUCAAUUCGUCAUGUCGGCCUACAUGGGCGUACGCCUCCUGACACCGGCUCACUAUGCCAACCUGACAGGCUUUCAAUUAGCCAUAUGGAUUAUUCCGUUGGCGGCUACUGCCUGUCUGCUUGGUGCUUAUCUCUGCCUACCGAGACGCCCGGAUGUCUUCGUCAAAGACAAGGUAGUUGAUCGACAGUACACAGUGUCUGCUCUCUCGCGAUUCACUUUUGCCUGGCCGGGCCAUCUGAUAAAGUACAUCAUCAAGAAUCCCAACCUCGAGAUUAACGAAUUGCCUCGCAUGGAUCACUAUACGCGUUCGGAGAAUCUCUUGGUUAGAUUCUCGGAGCAAUGUCAACCUCAGGCGCUCUGGAGGCAGAUUUUCAACUUGCAUUUCAUCACCUUCUGUAAACACUGGUUUCUGACGGCGGCUGAAGCCGUUCUCAACUUUGUGCCGAAAGUGUCCAUGUACUUCAUCCUUCAUACCCUUGAGCGGAAGCAGGCUGGUGAAAACAUUGGGCUUGAUAACUGGGUCUGGACGCUGGUACUGGCUGCUGGUUUGAUUCUAUCAUGCUGGACAGGUGCCUGGAUGCGCUGGGUUGGCGAUUCUCAACUUGCGCUUCGCAUAGAAGCCCAGAUGUGUGCAGCAGUAUUUGCUAAAGCAAUGCGCAAAAAAGAUGCCCGAGGCGCGGAAAAAGCAAUGAUGGAAGAAGAUGAGGAACAAGACGAGGGUGAAAAUGACGAUUCUCAGCACCCGUCGGCUCAAAAAGAGCGUGACGGGGUAGAUGCAGAGCAAAAGCGUACUCAACAGUGGAUUAUCAACCUCAUGGGUAUUGAUGCUGAGGAGGUUGGUGCAUCGGCCGCUUUUCUAAGCACCGUUAUUCUCUCUACGUGCACGUUUAUCCUUUCUCUAGCGGUUCUCUUUAAACUUAUCAAGUGGAGGAGCUUGCUGGCUUCACUGCUCAUAUUUUUGAUAUUGGCUCCAUUAAAUGCCUGGCUAUCAAAGGCGUAUUCCCGGACGCAGGAUCGGCUCAUGUCAGCGCGUGAUAUUAAAACGGGCGUCAUAUCAGAGGCACUGCAUGGUCUUCGCCAAAUAAAAUUCGCCGCCUUAGAGACUGAAUGGCAGAAUAGAAUCAUGAGUGUACGGUUGAAUGAGAUGAAUCAAGUAUGGAAAUCAUGUUUAUAUGAUGUCGGCAUGAUUUUUUGCUGGGGUGCAGUCCCAACGAUGAUGACGACAGCGGCAUUAGCCGUUUAUGCCAUCUUCGAAGGAAGGCUUACAGCCUCCGUCGCAUUUGCAUCCCUCGAAGUUUUCUUUGAGCUCGAGGAUUCCCUUUCAAUGAUACCAAUAGUUGUCACAGGCAUAAUCGAGGGAAUGGUAAGUCUAAGGCGUCUUGAAAACUAUCUCAAUUCUCCAGAUAAAGAGGAAUACCGCAAAGCCUCUCCCUCCAUUACCUAUACAAAUGCAUCCAUUUCCUGGCCCUCAGACACCAAAGACCUGGAAGAUCGAUUCGUCCUGAAGAAUAUUAACCUCACUUUCCCUGACAAAGCACUGAGCUUGGUUUGCGGUCCUACCGGAUCGGGCAAAAGUUUGCUUCUAGGCUCUAUCUUUGGAGAAGCUGAUCUAGUGUCUGGCAAUAUCUGCGUACCGAUGCUCCCCCAUACGGUUUACAAUACCCCUGACAGUGAUAUAAACCCUGAAAACUGGAUCAUCCCGUCUUCGGUGGCCUUUGUAGCGCAGUCACCGUGGAUUGAGAAUGGAACUUUAAGAGAUAAUAUCGUCUUCGGAUACCCCUUCAGCGCUGAGCGGUAUAAGAAGGUCCUUGAUGUGUGUGCACUAAGUGAUGACCUCCAUAUCCUGGUUGACGGUGAUAUGACUGAAAUUGGCCCUCGUGGUAUAAACUUGAGUGGUGGCCAGAGAUGGAGAGUGUCUCUGGCUAGAGCUCUAUACUCUAGAGCUGGUAUCCUAGUUUUGGAUGAUAUCUUCAGUGCAGUCGAUGUCCAUGUCGGCCGCCACAUUUUUGAAAAGGCUCUUACAGGAGACCUCGGCCAGGGCCGGACACGUAUUUUAGCAACGCAUCAUGUUUCCCUAUGCCUGCCUAAAACGAGCUAUAUGGUUGUUCUUGAAGAUGGUGCAAUGGCACAAGCUAGUCACCCUGACGAGAUAGGCGACACAGGUUCACUUACAAAAAUCCGGAGCGCUGCAGCCGCAGUUGCAGCAUCAAACCCUCCGCCCGUAAGCUUCCGUAGAAGAAGCAGCUCGAUUCGGGACAAUAUGGGCAGUCAUUCAAGUAUGGCCUGGGCAUCAAGAAAAGACUCCAAUAGAGAGAAGCCAACGGCUACCUUUGUACAGCCAGAGGAGCGCGAGAUAGGCCGUGUCAAGUGGGAAGUUUACAAAGAAUAUUUGAAGAGCAGCGGAGGGGCGGUGUUUUGGGUAGCUGUCGCCAUUUGUCUAUGCAGCUCUCAAGCACUUGGUUUGGGGAGGUCCUGGUGGUUGAAAAUCUGGACAGGAAACUCAAAAGCGAAAACAUACAGUGAUACCUACCUCAGCCAAACCAUUGUAUCAACAGAUAAAGCAGCGGAUGAUGCACUUUGGUUCUAUUUGGGAAUCUACUUUGCCUUAGCCAUGAGCAGGACGUUAAUUAAAUCGUUCAGCCAUCUUUUUAUAUGGACUGGAACUAUACGAGCAUCGAAAGCUCUCUUUGAGAAGAUGACAUCACGAGUCCUUCGAACGCCAUUGAGAUGGGUGGACACUGUGCCUGUUGGUAGAGUUAUCAAUAGGUUCACCCUCGACUUCGCAACCUUUGAUUCGAAACUUGGAGACGACCUUGCCUACUUGUUCCUGGACGUUCUAGAUCUGUUAUCUAUCCUUGUAGCUGCGGUGCUUGUCUCUUCAUACAUCCUCCUGCUGACAAUAGUCCUUUCCGGGGUAUGUGCACACUUUGCAAUUCGAUACAUGAUAACCGCGCGAGAACUCCGACGCAUCAAGUCCCAGGCUAGAUCUCCCAUCAUUGAGCAAUUUGGCACAUCGCUGCAAGGUAUCGGCACGAUCAGGGCAUUCAACAAGGCCGAGACCUACAUGGACAAGAUGUACCGAAAUAUCGACGACCAUACAUCCGCACAUUACUAUAUCAUCCUGUUCAAUGAGUGGAUGGCAUUUAGAACGGGAAUGGCAGAUGCAUUGUUUGGGGCAUGUCUAACGUUUAUCCUUAUGUCGAUGAAAGAUAUCGAACCUUCUCUUGUCGGCUUUGCCCUUAAUUUCAUGCUUGACGGAGCUCAGUUGAUCGGGUCUGCAAUUGACAAGUAUACAGAGACACAGCUGGACAUGAACUCGACGGAGCGUAUUAUCGAGUAUUCGAAGGUUGUCACUGAAGACCACACCGGUGAAGAAGUCUCGGCAGCCUGGCCAAGCAAAGGCCGAAUCGAAGUCGAUAGUAUCACUGCUUCUUACUCGCCAGAACUCCCUCCGGUUCUCAACGGGCUUACGUUUGGUGUCGAGCCAAACCACCGCGUCGGAAUUGUUGGGCGUACAGGCUCAGGAAAGUCGACUCUCACAUUGGCAUUGUUCAGAUUACUCGGGCUGCGGAGCGGCUCCAUCUACAUUGACGGCGUCGACAUUUCAACCAUAAAAUUACACGACCUGAGAAGUCGGUUGUCAAUCAUCCCACAAGAUCCAGUUUUAUUCUCCGGCACGAUACGGUCAAACCUGGACCCUUUCAAUGAAUACACUGACGAGCAGCUACAGACAGCACUGAGCCGGGUCCAUUUCCAGUUAUUUAAGGGGGACACAGACGAGGAGAGCAGUGAAGAAGAAGACGCGGAGGAGGGUGGUGCGGACUCUGGCUCUGACCGAGCCAGGACGCCCAGCCUCGACUAUGCCAUUAGCGAGGGUGGGCUUAGUCUCUCGCAGGGCCAACGGCAGCUCCUCUGCCUGGCCAGGGCCAUUGUCGCGCGGCCCAAGGUCAUGGUUCUCGACGAAGCAACGUCUGCCGUCGAUAUGAAGACUGACGCUUUGAUCCAGCGUAGCAUACGGGAAGAGUUCCAAGACUCUACACUGCUGGUUGUCGCCCACCGUCUGAGCACGGUAGCAGACUUCGACCGUAUACUCGUCAUGAAGGAUGGCGAAGCAGUCGAAUACGACUCGCCCAGGGCGCUGAUGAAGGCUCAAGGGGUGUUUUGGCGCAUGGUCCAGGGAAGUGGAGAACGAAAAGAGCUGGAGGCGCUCCUCGAGCCCAAGUAG